CCCAUUUCCUUACUCAUUUGCAAAGAAAGACAAAAGAAACUAUCCUCCCUCCUCUCCCACUCAUUGAGUUCGGCCAAGACACACCAAGGGAAGAAGAAACCUCUGCAAACCACCAUCCUCCAUAGCAAAUUCGAUCUCAAGCAAAGGAGCUCCAAGGAGGAAGAUUAAAGAAGGAAAAAGUUAGGAAAAAGUGUGAAAAUUAAGGAACUUGAUUAAAGUAUUUUUGAGCUUCGCCGGAGUUUCGCCGGAGUUGGUCAAAGUUCGCCGGAGUUGGUCAAAGUCCGCCGGAAUUAGUCAAAGUUCAACCGGGGAGCGUAGAACAUGCUUAAGCUCACGUAAGCUCCGCCUGUGGCCGGCUGACGGUGCGGGCACUUCCGCCGCAUGUGUCAUUUUCACCUGGCUUCAUCAAGUUUUUACCUUUUCUAGCUAAUUUCCCAAAAAGCAGUAAUCCACAUUCUUGCCUGAAGUCCUGAACAGCGGGGUAAGGAGUGCUCUGCUCUAUGGAUUCGUCCGACCCAGUUUCCCCUUCUUCGUCCGUCAGGUCAUGGAGGACGGCCUUUCUUACCCUGAGGGACGAAACACUGACCUCACCACCGCCCACCAAUGUCGCCCACCUGCUUCAAAAUCUCAUUUUGUCUCAAUCGAAUGCUCUGAUCAAGGUGUCCGCCGACUUGCCUCCUCACGAGGUCACUUCGGACUUGCUGUUUGUGAUGGGUUUGGCUCAAAGCAUCUCCAUUUCUGAUGCAUGUAAUAUUGUAGACAUCUAUAUGCAGCUCUCCCACUUGGUUUACACUGUCAGCAACUUCGUUCCUCUUAAAAUAAGUCAUAGUUCUUUGCCUCUUGUGCUUGACUUCUUAAGUAGUACAGUAGAAAUUCUUUUCAAUAAAACCAAGACAGACAAGGCUUUUAUGAGCAAUGCUGCUAUAGUUACAUCCACAAAACAGUGUCUGGAGAUAGCAAAACGCCUUUUCAAUGUUAGUGAGAGAGCAACCAUGUUAUUGGAAAACAAGCCACUAUUCGAUUUUGCUCUUAAUGUUGUUGUUCACUUUCAACCACAUUUGCAUGAUUCACUUUAUUCUAGCGACAAGAUUUUAUCUCGAAAUGCUGGUGUGCGGGAAGUUCAGAUCGUUGCUUUCUCAAUGAUUGGCGAUGUUUACUCAAGAGUUGGAUCUUCUUUACCUGUUGAUGUUUGGGAAUCAACAAUCAGGGUUGUUAGAAGCAGUCUAGAUCUCUUGGCAUCUAAAGGCACUUUGAUCGAAGACAAUGUUAUGGCAAUGUUUUACACCUCAUUGCUGAAUUGCCUGCAUUUUGUUCUUGAAGAUCCAAAAGGACCAUUGUCAGGUCAUGUGGAUGGUUUUGUAGCGGCUCUUAGGAUGUUUCUCCAUUAUGGCAUCAAUAUCAAAUCCAAUUCUGCAUAUCCAGUUGUUGAUCACAAUGUUUCCGGAUAUAAGAAACAGAGCUUCUUGGAACCUAUGAAACCAUACAGGCCUCCUCACCUGCGAAAUAAGAACUUCAAAAAGCAUAACCAGAUGGAUGAUAAAUGUCUUAGCUCUUCUGAAAUUCAUAAAUGCUUGACGGAUUAUCAGUCAUCAUCUGAUUCAGAAAACAGUGAUAGCGAUGGAUUAGGAAAAAACAGUUGCUAUGUUCGAUAUGCUAAGACUCGACUGGCUGCAAUUCUGUGCAUUCAAGAUCUUUGUCGAGCUGAUCCAAAAUCAUUUACAACCCAAUGGGUAAACCUCUUGCCAUCCAAUGAUGUUCUACAGCCAAGGAGGUAUGCAGCGACACUAAUGAGUUGCUUACUGUUUGAUCCAUAUAUGAAGGCCCGGAUUGCUUCUGCCUCAACUAUUAGGGCAAUGUUGGAUGCACCUUCCUGCGUUUUUCUUCAGGUGGCAGAAUUCAAGGAAUCCCCAAGACCCGUGGCCUUUACCACUCUUUCAAGCUCUCUUGGACAUAUAUUAGUGCAACUACAUACAGGUAUUUUAUACUUGAUAAAAAAUGAAACACAUAGUGGGUUGCUGAUAUCCUUGUUCAAAAUCCAGAUGCUCUUGGCAUCAUGCACUCCAUAUUCAAGAAUGCCACCAGAAUUGUUGCCAACCAUUAUUUCUUCUAUCCAAAGUAGAGUUGAAGAGGGCUUCUCAUUUCGAAGCGAUCAGAAUAUCUUGUUGGCAGCUGCUAUCAACUGCUUGAGUGCAGCUUUAUCCUCAUCAGCUUUCUCAACACCAGUCAAAGAUAUGCUUCUCGCAGAAGUGACAAAAGGUUUUGUCAGCCAAAAAUCAGGCGUUUUAUCAAUCUUAUUUCAAUAUUCUGAACCAGAAACAAGCCCUUCGAUAAGCUUUGAGGCACUCCAGGCCCUAAAAAAUGUGACUCACAGCCAUCCAAGUGUAAUGGUUUUGUGCUGGGAAAAGGUUUCCUCUUUAACAUACCGAUAUCUAAGCGCAUCUGUUGACACUCAAACUAGAACCUGGAGAGAUAAUAUGCCUGGUGAGAAAGCCAUCGCAGCUGCCAUCAAGGUUUUAGAUCAAUGUCUUCGCGCUGCCUCUGGUUUUAAAGGAACUGAAGAUCUCUUCAGUGAUAAAUCACUCGAGAACCCAUUUAUGUCUGAUUUAGUGAAAACAAAAACUAUUUCAUCAGCUCCAGCUUAUGAGAUGCAGAGUUAUGUAACAACUAAAGACAGAGCUGAAUCUCCGUCAGGAAGUGAACAGUGGUUUGAGUUAAUUGAUAGGCAUAUGCCUUUUAUACUUGAGCAUGCUUCUGUCAUGGUAAGGGCUGCAUCAGUUACAUGUUUUGCUGGAAUAACGUCUUCGGUAUGGUUCUAUAUGCCAAAAGAAAAACAGGAUUUCAUCAUUUGUUCUUUGAUCAGCUUUGCUGUUACUGAUGAUGCUCCUUUAGUUAGAUCAGCUGCUUGCCGUGCUAUUGGUGUAAUUGCUUGUUUCCCACAAAUUUUUGAUAGUGCAGAGAUCUUUGAAAAGCUUAUCUAUGCUGCUGAGCACAAUAGCCACGAUACAUUGGUCCCGGUGCGUAUAACAGCUUCCUGGGCUAUAGCAAAUAUAUGUGAUACCCUUUGCCACUAUGUUGAUGUACAUGGCCUUGAUCAGCAUACUUCGGAUUCAGAAGCAAGUUCUAAGUGGAUCUCAUUGCUAAUUGACAGUAGUUUGAGACUUGCAAAAGAUAAUGACAAGAUUAAAGCAAAUGCUGUGAGAGCUUUGGGGAACCUGGCUAGAUUUGUUCCAUUCAAAAGUCAUUCAAGUGAUUAUGACAGGAAACUGUUGGAGGAAUCACAUUGGCUGGAAAAGAUGGUUCAAACAUUCCUUUCUUGUGUUUCAACCGGAAAUGUCAAGGUUCAGUGGAAUGUCUGUCAUGCACUAAGCAACUUAUUUUUAAAUGAAAAGUUAAAAUUGCAAGAGAUGGACUGGGCACUGUCAGUUUUUAGCAUUCUUCUGCUGCUGCUACGUAAUUCCUCUAAUUUUAAGAUUAGGAUACAAGCAGCUGCAGCUUUGGCUGUUCCAGCGACCAUCAAAGAUUAUGGAAGAUCAUUUGUUGAUGUCCUUCAAGGCGUAGAACAUGUUAUUGAGAACCUGAGGUCAGACCAGAUCUCAGUACCGUCAAAUUUGAAGUAUAGAGUUGCACUUGAAAAGCAGUUGACCUCGACUAUGUUGCAUGUGCUUUCUCUGUCUUCACAAAUUGAUGAUCGUGGUGUGCAUGAGUUUCUAUGCAAGAAAUCAGCAUUUCUUGAGGAGUGGCUUAAAGGGCUGUGCUUGUCAUUGGGGGUGCCAAAUGAUCAGUUUGAUGCCGAAUACAGUUCCAGCCAUGACCAAAAGAAAGAGAUAAUAAGCCUAGCAAUCGAGUCGUUAGUUGAGAUUUUUGAAGCUCAUAAUCUCCCAGCCAUUGCACAGAGAUUUUAUAGACUACUUUCAAAUAGCAUAUGACACAGCUAGACGUCUGUCGAAUUUCUGGUGGUGAAUAGAUGCGUGUAGGUAGAACCUUUUCAAGCUGAGAAAGUGUCAAGACUAGCAGUGUUUUAAAUAGCGGUCCGCUACCGCUAUAGCGGCCGCUAUAUAGCAGUCGCGGUAGGUACCGCUACCGCUACGGGCCGCUAUCAGGGUGUUAUUUUCAAAUCACAGAAAAAAUCCGCUACGCCGCCCGCUACAGGCCGCUACCGGCACUUCCGGCAGUACAUCGGUUGAUGUGUAAAUGUGUAAAAGUUGUGUGCAUGAUGUGAAAAAAUACAUUAAUGGUGAUGAAUGGAGUGAAACUUUAAAUUAAAUGUACAUGUAUGAUGUAUCCACAUACAUUAUGGUAGCAAAUAUUAAUACAUAUGUAAAUUUUAAUUAUUAAAACUGAAUUAAUUAUUAAUAAGAAUGAUUUAACUUUAAUAUUGGUUAUCGCAAAAAAAUGUU